AAUCGAAAUGCUUUCUGGGAUACCUGUCAUGUCAGCCGCCACGGAGUGGCUGAUACUGUUGAAUGACUUGAGUCUUAUGUGACAUUAAACACUAUAUUGACCAUGAGUUUAAACUGGAUAGCCUAAACACAAGCUCUGAGAUGAAUCGGGUGACUGCCCUGAUAAGUGGGGUGAGACUGAUAACCCGUACCGACCUUACACAGGUUGCCAGUUACUUCCCUUUUACCGUCCCUGGACUUCCACUGACCUGCCACCUUGCUAGAUUCCUUGCAACUAAGCAGGGUAAAAGCCCUAAUAAUGUUCAAAAAGUAAAACGGAACCUGGACAAGCAGGAAGUUGAAAUAAUGCAGAGGAUGACAGUGUCUGCACUGGCUCAAGCUAUGAACAAGGACUUUGACCAUAUCUUCGAGGCACUCCUCAACACAUCCAUGGACCUGGAUUCCUUAGAGCCCCAAUCUAUUCUGGAAGAGAAGUGGAUCAAGGAGGUUGUGAAGAGGUCUGGGAUGAAGUUCAAGUGGGCCAAGCUGGUGGAGUCCAAAGAGCGUGAGAACAAAGACACUCAGCGAAGACCUCCACCAGAUACUUCUGUCCUGGUGUCUCGUCCCCCUGUCGUCACUAUCAUGGGCCACGUAGAUCAUGGGAAGACCACUCUGCUUGACAGCCUUAGGAAGAGUCAGGUGGCUGCGGGGGAAGCCGGGGGUAUCACCCAGCACAUUGGGGCUUUUCUGGUUCAACUUCCUUCCGGGGAGAAGAUCACGUUCUUGGACACCCCAGGACAUGCAGCCUUUUCUUCCAUGAGGGCCCGGGGAGCCCUGGUCACAGACAUUGUCAUUCUGGUUGUAGCGGCAGACGACGGAGUCAUGAAGCAGACGAUUGAAUCUAUCCUACAUGCCAAAAAAGCCCAUGUGCCAAUCAUUGUGGCAGUGAAUAAGUGUGACAAGCCUCAAGCUGAUCCAGCUCGUGUGAAACAGGAAUUACUUGCCCAUGAUGUGGUAUGCGAGGAGUAUGGAGGAGAGGUCCAGGCUAUCCACAUGUCUGCCCUGAAGGGGGACAAUCUACUGGAGCUGGCAGAGGCCACAGUUACUCUGGCGGAAAUGAUGGAGCUGAGGGGUGACCCAACAGGCUUAGUGGAAGCCACCGUCAUUGAGAGCCGCACCGAUAAGGGCAAGGGGCCAGUUACAACAGCAAUUGUCCAGCGAGGCACAUUAAAAAAGGGCUGCAUUCUAGUGGCUGGAAAGACAUGGGCCAAGGUGCGUUUUAUGUUUGACGAAAACAAUUGCACAAUGAAGGAAGCUGGGCCAAGCAAUGCUGUGGAGAUUGUGGGGUGGAAAGAACUCCCCUCUGCUGGCGAGGAGAUUCUGGAAGUGGAGUCUGAGAAAAGGGCACGGGAGGUGGUAGAAUGGCGCUGCUACCAAGAUGAACAAGACAAACAGAAAGAGGACCUGCAGGCCAUUGAGGUAAAACAACAGGAGCACCUAGAGAGCUACAAGAAGGACCGGGAGCCUUUGGCCCACCUCAGCUGGAGACAAAGAAAGUCUGCUCUGUACAAAGCCAACAGAAAGCUCAUGGCCAUGCGACCCAGCGAGAAGGUGGAGCCCCAAGAACUCUCUCUACCACUCAUUGUGAAAGGUGACGUGGAUGGCUCAGUCGAGGCCAUCUUGAACAUCUUGGACAGUUACGAUGCACAUGACCAGUGCCAGUUGGAGGUAGUCCACUUUGGCAUAGGUGAUGUCUCUGAGAAUGAUCUCAACCUGGCUGAGACUUUUUCAGGCACCAUAUACGGUUUCAACGUGGGGGUCAAUAAGUCCAUUCAGCAGGUGGCUAUUAAGAAAGGCAUUGCAAUAAAGACGCACAAAGUUAUCUACAAACUCAUUGAUGACUUAAAGGAGGAGCUGAGUCGUAAACUCCCUCCUUGCACGGUGGAGAAUGUGAUCGGAGAGGCAUCUGUCUUGGCUAUGUUUGACGUGACUGUGGGGAAGAAGAAGGUGACUGUUGCCGGCUGUAGAGUUCAGAAAGGUCAGCUAGAUAGAAAAAUGAAGUUUAGACUGCUCCGUCGCCAAAACAUCAUCUGGGAAGGUUCCUUAACUGCGCUGAAGCACCAUAAAGAUGAUGUCCAGGUGGUGAAGACAGGGAUGGAAUGCGGAUUGUCUGUGGCUCAGGACAUUGAGUUCAAACCAGGAGAUGAAGUAGUGUGCUUUGAAGAGACUGAGACUCCGCAAUUAAUUUCCUGGGAUCCAGGAUUUUAGAGUGUGUUAUGGAUAUUGACCUUUAGGUACAAAUCCAUGCUCUGAAUUAAAAAGUACUAUUUAUGCUACAGUCUGUUUGGACUAUGCAUUUACAUGUACAGUUGUGAAUGUUGCAACUAUAAUUGAGAAUUUUAUUGUACUGCUAUGCUAGAUGUAAUUAAAUUAUUUCUAGUAAAAAAGAUAUAUUAUAAAGAG